CGCGCCUCGGGAGGAUGGCGGAGCCGCACGGGAACGGCUAAAAAGCUGUAGUAACCGUAGGGAAGGUGAACGGCCGUGUGUGUUGACUAAAAUCGCGACUGGGCGUGAGCUGUACAGAAAUUCAGAACAACUGAAGUUUAGCGAAACUGCCUUGCUGCUUGACUUCCCCGGCAUAUUUAGGAGCAGAAGUACCAAUACGGAGCAUUUGACCUUCUGAUCUCUACAGCUGAAUCUCCUGAUACCAGGAUUAGGAAAGAGUGCCUUCAGAACCAAUAUGUAGCAAAUGGGUAUCACACCUCCGAAGCUUCUCCCUUGGUUCAACGCUUGCAUGUUUUAAGGAUCCUUGUCGCCUCAGCAGUGAAUUGUUCUUGUGAACUUCAGAAUCGGAUUUCAUGUGGUGCUUGCUAAACAUUGAGUCACCAUGAGUAGUAAUCUAGGGAAAGAAAAGGACUGUAAAGAGAAGGAUCCAAAAGUCCCAUCAUCAAAAGAAAGGGAGAAGGAGGCCAAAGCCUCUGGAGGAUUUGGGAAAGAGAGCAAAGAAAAGGAGCCUAAGACCAAAGGGAAAGAUGCCAAAGAUGGAAAGAAGGACUCCAGUAGCACGCAGCCUGGGGUAGCUUUUUCAGUGGACAAUACGAUAAAAAGACCUAAUCCAGCCACAGGUACCCGCAAAAAAUCCAGCAAUGCUGAAGUGAUCAAAGAGCUAAAUAAAUGCCGGGAAGAGAAUUCAAUGCGCUUGGACUUGUCCAAGAGGUCUAUACACAUGCUUCCAUCAGCUAUCAAAGAGCUAACGCAGUUAACAGAACUUUAUUUAUACAGUAACAAACUGCAGUCCCUACCAGCAGAGGUGGGCUGUCUUGUGAACCUGAUGACACUGGCCCUGAGUGAAAACUCUCUUACCAGUUUGCCUGACUCUCUUGAUAACUUGAAGAAACUGCGCAUGCUUGACCUGCGGCAUAACAAACUUAGAGAAAUCCCUUCAGUGGUGUAUAGGCUAAGCUCUCUCGCCACUCUUUACCUACGCUUUAAUCGUAUAACUACUGUGGAAAAGGAUAUCAAAAACUUGUCAAAACUCACCAUGCUUAGCAUACGAGAGAACAAAAUCAAGCAACUACCUGCUGAAAUUGGUGAGUUGUGUAACCUCAUAACGCUGGAUGUAGCGCACAAUCAGCUUGAACAUCUUCCAGAAGAGAUUGGAAGCUGCACGCAGAUCACCAACCUUGACUUGCAGCACAACGAGCUCUUGGACCUGCCAGAAACCAUAGGAAAUCUGUCCAGUCUAAGUCGUCUUGGCCUGAGGUACAAUAGGCUGUCAGCAAUUCCGAAGUCUUUAGCAAAAUGCAGUGAACUUGAUGAACUGAACCUGGAGAACAACAACAUUUCUACUUUACCAGAGGGUCUUUUAUCCAGCCUUGUCAAACUGACUAGUUUAACGCUGGCCAGGAACUGCUUCCAGUCCUAUCCUGUGGGUGGCCCGUCCCAGUUCUCCACAAUCUACUCUCUCAAUAUGGAGCACAACCGCAUCAAUAAAAUCCCCUUUGGAAUUUUUUCUAGAGCUAAAGUAUUAAGUAAGCUGAACAUGAAGGACAAUCAGCUGACCUCUCUCCCCUUGGACUUUGGGACUUGGACUAGUAUGGUAGAACUGAACUUAGCGACUAAUCAGCUCACAAAAAUCCCUGAGGAUGUAUCUGGGCUUGUUUCUCUUGAGGUUCUUAUCUUGUCAAACAAUCUACUAAAGAAACUUCCCCAUGGAAUUGGAAAUCUACGGAAACUCCGAGAGCUAGAUCUAGAGGAAAACAAACUGGAAUCCUUGCCAAAUGAAAUAGCUUACCUCAAGGAUCUGCAGAAAUUGGUUCUGACUAAUAAUCAGUUGACUACCCUUCCCAGAGGUAUCGGUCACCUUACCAAUCUGACGCACCUUGGGCUCGGAGAGAAUCUUCUCACACACCUUCCUGAGGAAAUUGGUACACUGGAGAAUCUGGAAGAACUGUAUUUGAAUGACAACCCCAAUCUGCACAGCCUUCCCUUUGAGCUGGCUCUUUGCAGCAAACUGUCAAUAAUGAGUAUUGAGAACUGCCCGCUCAGCCACCUUCCACCUCAGAUUGUUGCAGGAGGACCCUCCUUCAUCAUUCAGUUCCUAAAAAUGCAGGGACCAUACCGUGCCAUGGUCUGAUGCUAAUCGGAUUGUCCAAUACACUGUACAAAAUACAAACUGCAUUAAUGUUGUAAUUGUCUGUAUAUGUAUAUAUAAUAUAAUAUGUGGUUUAUAUUAUAUUAUAUAUAUAUAUAAAUAUAUAAAUAAUAUAAAAAGGCAAAUUUAAGACUGCAUUAUGUGUUUCUGCUAAUAGAGGAAUCAUAGCCAUUUAGAUUUUUUUUUUAUUCUGUAAAAAUGCUUGUCUAAGUUUUCUUUGCUGAAUUUGAUGGAAGUUGUCUGAAUAAUCUGGAAAUGCCAGUUCAUUUGAAGCAAUUGCCAAUGAACUCAAAGUUUAAAUUUAAGGGACAAAAGUAGUUUUGCUUAGAUUUACUUUCAGUUAAGAGAAAUGUAUAACCUUUAUAUAAUGAACUUUUCUGUUUUCCUCCCUCUUUUUUUUUUUUUUGUGUCAAAACCUGAAAGGGUCAUGUGUCCUGAGGUUGGGAUUUUCUUUUAACUUAUUUUGAGAUUUGAAGCAAAUGGUGUUUUUAUAUUGUUUACAGUCAGAGUAAAUCACUGGAUUUUGUUUUAUUCUGAUUUGCUCUGUUUUAAUCAAUCAUAUCUAGAAUUUAUAUGCCUCUGCUGAUGAAUUUUUAUCAACCGGUUUGUAUACUAAAAGCAUAUACUCAUCAGAAAAACUGGCAGGUGAAAAGGAUGCAGUCAAAACAAAAGAAAAAGAAAAGAAAAAAAAAAAGCUUGAAUUCCUUUAAGUCUUGCUUCCCUGAGUUAUCAGUUGCAGGCAUAACAUAUCUGAACUGAGCCUUUUGCGGUUGGUCUUUUCUAGCACAAGUAAACCUUUUCAGAUUGGUAAAAACGUCGAGUAAACUCAGUGAAGAGCGGUUUUCAUUUUGUGAAGUAACAAUUCCAUGAGGUCUAACAGUACAGUUAAGUGGCAAGGAAAUAAUAUAUAUGUACAUUUUUCUUACGAUGUUGAGUCAUAAACUACAACAGGCAAUUUUAAGGAUUCCUUAUAGUCCUUGUACAAUAAAUGAAUGUGUCUUACUUUUAAACACUGCAAUAUAUGUAAGUUUUAAGGUUGGUCAACAAUGUACUAUGGUUUUAUAUCUUGACUUGCCUUGUACCUCCUUCCAUUAUGGAACUUCUGUGUCCAAGCACAAUAUCUUCACACUGUGCUGUUUUGCUGCUGAACUAAAUGCACUUUUCCCCACAGCUGGGGCACUUGCUUCAAAAUAUUCAGUUCAGUAUCUUGAUUAUUCUUUUUUAACUUCAUCCUAUCUGUUUCAGUAUUAAACCGAUCUAUUAAAAAAGAGGCACCUUUUUCAUUUGUGCAUAGAUGUUGGUAGCUCAAGAGAAACACUGUAAAUAGUGGACAUUCAGUUUUGUCAUGACUUCCUUGGUUGUUUAAAAGGCAGAAGAUGCUUCAGGGAGACGUGCGCUCUUGCUGCAUUUGUAGGGCCAGCUGUCCUUUUGCAGGAGGGUAGGAACUCGAGGCGGUUGCAUCCCACGGUUACUCAAGAACUGUCCAGUUUAUGCUCAUCGGAAUUGCUGCUGGGGUAGUGUGACUUACAGGACUGUACCUUUUAAACGAAAUCAAAUCAGCCAAUGCCAUGGGAAAUCUAUUUCACACGCAGAAGUUCGGGAAAUCUUAUUUCUGGCUUUCAGGCAUGCUUUCUUAGACGUAUUGCCUUGAUCUAUUUGCAUUCUGUUUUGUCGUACGUCUCUUCAUUAACAAGGAGUAAGUUUAAAUGGAAGGCAGGUGGAGAUAUAAAACCUUAGAGGGCUUAAACGUGCUGUAAAACUAUUGUAGAUGUCACUGGAUUUUACUAAGUAAUGUUCUUUUCUUUCUCACACGCUCUGUCUCUCUGUCGUCCCCCUCCCUGUUUUGGGUUUGUUUUUUUUUCUUUUUACAUCUACUGUAGCUUUUCAGUUUAGACUUUAGUUUAUAAAAGGCUAGUUCCUUACAGUUCUGCCUGAAGUUAAUCUUUCUCAGCAUUAAGGUGUUAAAAUAUGAAGAUGCUGAAAUGCUUAGUAUCAAGACUGUAACCUAACUUCUGAAUAUACUGCUAAAGCCGUAUUUGUGCCCUCAGGUCACUAGGGGAAACUGGUUUGAUUAAUAUGGUUCCUUAAACCAAAAGUGGCGACCCCUUGUGUUUUCAGGCAUCUUGGUCUCAUUCCCUGUCUGCUCCUCAAUCCCAUUUUUGUAAGAGUUGAUGGGAUUGAAUUUGUUUAGUUUGUAAAUAUGUUGAUUAUUCACCUUGUUAAGGUACAUGGUUAAUGACUGUAUGAUUGGAGCUGACCCUCUCUCACGUAAAUUCUUGUGGAGAAGUUGGCUACCAAAAUAGUGCUCGUUACACUCACUUAAAAACAAACUAUUCUUUUCAUUACACUUAUAGGAAUAAAUAAAGCUAUGUUUUAAUU